AUGGAUGUGAAGACAGCUUUUCUUAACGAACAUCUUCAGGAAGAGAUCUACAUGGAACAACCUGAAGGCUUCAUAUCUAAAAAUGAAGAAGAGAAAGUAUGCAAGCUGCAAAGGCUAAUCUAUGGACUGAAGCAUGCUUCAAGGAGUUGGAAUAUUCAUUUUGAUGAAGCAGUCAAGACUUUUCAUUUUGAUCAAAACUGA